GUCAAAGGUUACGUACAAAAUGGAUGCUUUUUGUAGCGAAUGUACUGGCGGGAGAUUUACAGUAUUUUUGUUAGAAGUAUUAGAAAUUUAUUUUUGCUGCACUAUGCUUGGCCUUGUCUUGUCCAUAAAAGACACAAGCAGUAAACUUUAAGUAACGUAUAAUUUUAUAUAGGACAAUGUUUAAAGCUAAUGGAACUGCAUUUCAUUCCAAUUGUGUAAAGUUAGAUUCUUGUGAAUUGCAUUUAUGGCAAAAAAACUGUUAAUCGUUUCAAGAAUAACUGUUUUCGGAAUUAACGUUGACUUCACCCAGUGAAUUUUACGGCAUUUCUGAUCGGCUUGUCAGUGCAGAAUGAAUAAGAAGAAAGGAGAUAAGGGUUUUGAAAGCCCACGGCCAUAUAAAUUAACCCACCAGGUCGUCUGCAUUAACAACAUAAACUUUCAGCGAAAAUCUGUUAUUGGACAUGUGGAGUUAACCAUAUUUCCAACAGUUCCCAAUUUGAACAGAAUAAAACUUAACAGUAAGCAGUGUAGAAUUUACAGAGUUCGAGUUAAUGACCUGGAAGCAGCAUUUAUUUACAAUGAUCCAACAUUGGAAGUCUGUCACCAUGAGUCAAAACAGAGAAAUCUUAAUUAUUUUUCUAAUGCAUAUUCGGCUGCUGUUAGUGCUGUCGACCCAGAUGCUGGUCAUGGUGAGCUCUGCAUUAAAGUUCCUUCAGAGCUUUGGAAACAGGGAGAUGAGCUGAAGGUACUAAAAGUUUACAUUGAGUUUUCCCUUGAUCAACCAAAAGGAGGGCUUCAUUUCGUUGUACCAGAUAUAGAAGGCAGCAUAGCAGAGCGAGGAGCUCAUGUAUUUUCAUGUGGAUACCAGAAUUCAACAAGUAGUCCGCAUAAUACCCUAAAGAAGGACUUGGCUAAAUGUGUGAUUGACGUUGAGGCUGAGUGCAUGGUUGACAGUGACCUGUCUCACUGGAAUGCAAAGCUCUACAUUUCAUAUACCCCUAAGAUUAUUCACACUUACACGUUACCAUCCCAGGAAGGCUUAAGAAUAAAGGUAACACAUUUCUGUUUACCCCAGCUCUUGCCUUUACUCAAACAUUCAAUGUCUUACCUACAUGAGAUAUUUGAAUUUUUUGAAGAGAUUCUAACGUGUCGAUACCCAUACUCCUGUUUUAAGACUGUGUUUAUUGAUGAAGCCUAUGUACAAGUAUCUUCUUAUGCCUCUAUGAGUAUUUUCAGCACAAAUCUGUUGCACAGUGCCAUGAUUAUAGAUCAGACUCCUUUGACAAGACGAUGUUUAGCUCAAGCGUUGGCCCAGCAGUUUUUUGGAUGCUUUAUAUCUCGAAUGUCAUGGUCAGAUGAAUGGGUUUUAAAAGGCAUCUCUGGAUACAUUUAUGGUCUUUAUUUAAAAAAAACAUUUGGAGUGAAUGAGUACAGACACUGGAUCAAAGAGGAACUGGACAGUAUAGUGGAAUAUGAGUUGAAGACUGGUGGUGUUUUGCUACAUCCGAUGUUUCCUGGAGGCAAAGAGAAAGACAACCCAACUCCUCAUCUGCAUUUUUCGAUAAAGCAUCCUCAUACUCUUUCAUGGGAAUAUUACAAGAUGUUCCAGCGUAAAGCACAUUUGGUUAUGAGACUUAUAGAGAAUCGCAUUAGCAUGGAAUUUAUGCUGCAGGUAUUCAAUAAACUUUUAAGUCUUGCUAGUACAGCAUCAUCUCAGAAGUUUCAGUCACACAUGUGGAGUCAAAUGCUAGUUUCAACAUCAGGAUUUCUAAAAUCAAUUUCCAAUGUUUCAGGGAAAGAUAUUGGACCUUUAAUAAAGCAAUGGGUAGACCAAAGCUCAGUUGUGAAAUUCUAUGGGAGCUUUGCUUUUAACAGGAAAAGGAAUGUCCUUGAAUUGGAGAUAAAACAAGAUUAUACAUCACCAGGAACACAGAAAUAUGUGGGUCCUAUAAAAGUAACUGUGCAAGAGUUGGAUGGAUCCUUCAACCACACAUUACAGAUUGAAGAGAACAGUGUAAAACAUGACAUUCCAUGUCAUUCAAAGAGCAGAAGAAAUAAGAAAAAGAAGAUUCCUUUAAUGAAUGGUGAAGAAGUGGACAUGGAUCUGUCUGCCAUGGAUGUUGAUUCCCCAUUGUUAUGGAUACGAAUUGAUCCAGACAUGUCAAUUUUAAGGAAAGUGGAAUUUGAACAGGCUGACUUUAUGUGGCAAUACCAAUUACGAUAUGAGAGGGAUGUUGUUGCACAAGAAGAAGCCAUAUCAGCUCUAGAGCAAUUCCCAACUCCUGCAUCAAGGCUGGCGCUGACAGACAUUCUUGAACAAGAGCAGUGUUUUUACAGGGUUAGAAUGCUGGCAUGUUUCUGCCUUGCAAAGAUUGCAAGUUCUAUGGUGAAUACAUGGACGGGACCACCAGCUAUGAAAUCUCUGUUUACUAGAAUGUUUUGCUGCAAAAGUUGUCCAAAUAUUGUCAAAACAAACAACUUUAUGAACUUCCAGAGUUAUUUCCUUCAAAAGACUAUGCCGGUUGCCAUGGCUUUACUGAGAGAUGUACACAACCUUUGCCCCAAAGAAGUUUUAAAUUUUAUUUUGGACUUGAUAAAGUACAAUGACAACAGGAAGAAUAAGUUUUCUGAUAAUUAUUAUCGUGCCGAACUGAUUGAUGCCCUUUCCAACUCGGUGACACCUGCUGUCAGUAUAAACAAUCAAGUUCGCACUUUGGACAGUUUAAAUGCUGAUGUCAGGCUCAUUCUGGAGGAGAUUACCAGAUUCCUGAACAUGGAGAAGCUACUUCCAAGCUACAGACACACCAUCACUGUUAGUUGUUUAAGAGCCAUUCGGGUUCUGCAGAAAAAUGGCCAUAUUCCUAGUGAUCCAUCUCUCUUCAAAUCUUAUGCUGACUAUGGCCACUUUGUGGAUGUUAGACUCGCUGCUUUGGAAGCUGUGGUUGAUUACACCCAAGUUGACAGAAGUUAUGAGGAACUUCAGUGGCUGCUUAGCAUGGUGCAGAAUGAUCCUGUUCCUUAUGUAAGGCAUAGGAUAUUGAGCAUGUUGGCUAAAAAUCCACCAUUUACAAAGAAUGAGGAGUCCCCUCUGUGCAGUGAGGAUCUUGUGGAUCAUCUGUGGAAAUUGAUGAAUUCAGGUACAUCUCAUGAUUGGAGGCUGCGUUGUGAUGCAGUGAACCUUUAUCACACACUGUUUGGCCUGAGUAGACCAUCUUGCUUGCCUUUGCCGGAGCUUGGGCUGGUCCUCAAUCUUAAAGAAAAAAAGGCAGUUUUGAACUCUACAAUCAAACCUGAAUUGGGGGCUACUUAUACAGAGCUGACAAAUAAUCCUGCCCUUCAUGGACAGAUGAUCAUCUUUCCAAACAGUGAAGAUGAAAAUCUCAGCAUUGAAGUAUCAACCAAUGUUCCAGUCUUAUUUCAAGGAGUGAAGAGAAAAGCUGAUACUCCACUCGGAUCACCACUUGAACCUGGCCAGUUCUCAAAUUCACAGGAAGACGAAGAUAUUGAUAUGGACACAGUUCAUGACAGCCAAGCAUUUAUAUAUCAUCAUUUAAACAUGCUCGAAAGACCAUCAACUCCAGGGAAAGAACCUCCUACUACAGACCCUGUUAUGGUGUCAAUGCCAGCAACCCCUUUAUCUGUGUUUGGGAAAGAUCCUCAUCCCACUUCAAAACACAGUGAUCAUCACCAUCAUCAUCACCACCACCAUGAGCACAAAAAGAAGAAAAAGAAACACAAACACAAGCAUAAACAUAAACACAAACAUGACAGUAGAGAAAAAGAAAAAGAAAGGGACAGAGACCAGAUUGCUUUUCCCAGCAGCCCUGCUAGUGGACACUCAAUUCAAUCACCCUCCCUUUCUGAUUAGAGGAACGUUAUUUGUACAGUAGUUUGUGUACUUUUUCAACCUUAUAUGUACAUAUUCUGUCUCAAUAUGUCAUGCCAGUAGGGAAUGUGUUGCUUUAAUAGUAUUUUACAGUUUGUUAAAUUUUUGUUCUCCUUUCUAUUUUUAAAUGAUAUGAAAAUAAAGCAUUCAUGAAGGCUAUGCAGAGCCUUAAUGCCAGCCAUAGUUCACUGGCACAAUUAUUUUAUUGUUAACAUUUCUAGCCUACUGUUGACUUUAUUUUAGUCAUCUUUUUAUUAAACAAGUUUGUACUGAAAUAAUUUAAAAUGUACAAAGUGUUACAACCCAAUAAAUAUGAUUUAAUUUUU